UCUUCUGUACAACUAGGUUUUUCUCUCCACAAACUCAAAAGGGUUUUAGCCAGAGACGCAGAGAGAGCGAGAGAGAGAGAGAGACGGCAACCCCUCCGGGUAUUCUUCUUAUGGCCGAAGAGGGUGUUGUGGGUUGCACCGAUUUGCCCGUGAAGAGGUCGAGAGAGGGCGAGGAGAACGGAGUGUCCGCCGUGACCAUGGAGGUCGAAGCGGCGGGCUCGGAUAACAACGCCCACUGCAUGUCCUCUGUUAUUCCCGGGUGGUUCUCUGAGAUUAGUCCAAUGUGGCCCGGGGAAGCACAUUCGUUAAAGGUGGAUAAUAUCUUAUUCCAAGGAAAAUCAGACUACCAGAAUGUUAUGGUUUUCCAGUCGUCAACUUACGGAAAAGUUCUUGUCUUGGAUGGGGUGAUUCAGCUUACCGAGAGAGAUGAGUGUGCAUAUCAAGAAAUGAUAACUCAUCUUCCCCUUUGCUCAAUUCCGAAUCCAAAGAAGGUACUUGUCAUUGGUGGAGGGGACGGGGGAGUUCUUCGUGAAGUGUCUCGCCACUCUUCUGUCGAACAAAUUGACAUAUGUGAGAUUGACAAGAUGGUGGUUGAUGUUUCGAAACAAUUCUUUCCUGAUGUUGCAGUUGGUUAUGACGAUCCCCGUGUCACCCUCCACAUUGGCGACGGAGUCGCUUUCUUGAAAGCUGUACCUGAAGGAACUUAUGAUGCGGUUAUAGUUGAUUCUUCAGAUCCUAUUGGUCCUGCACAAGAACUUUUUGAGAAGCCCUUUUUUGAGUCUGUUGGGAGGGCUCUCCGUCCAGGAGGAGUUAUGUGCACUCAGGCAGAAAGUAUAUGGCUUCACAUGCACAUUAUCGAGGACAUUGUUGCGAAUUGCCGUCAGAUAUUCAAAGGCUCAGUUAACUAUGCAUGGACCACUGUGCCUACGUACCCCAGUGGGGUGAUCGGUUUCAUGCUUUGCUCAACGGAGGGACCACCUGUUGAUUUCAAGCAUCCAGUGAAUCCCAUAGACGUCGAUGGAACUCUUAGCAAGACUAAACGGCCACUGAAGUUCUACAACUCAGAGAUUCAUACAGCGGCAUUCUGUUUGCCCUCCUUUGCGAAGAAGGUAAUCGAUGCGAAGGCUCGUUGAGGAAUUUCUUCUUUUCAGUAGCAGCAUAAUGGAGCAAAGAAGAGAUAUUACCCGGUGUUUUGAGCUCCCCAUCCUCAAUGAAAGUGGUGCGUUUGGCUAAAGUUCAUGAAAUAAGUUGAGGUUUGCAUAUAUGAUCGCAGCAGCGUUCGCCCCAGGCUAUAUAUUAUUGCUGGACACUUUGAUAAAUCCAAUUUUAUUCUUAUA